CGGUUUCCACACCAGUAGGAAACGGACAUCUGCUGGUGGCCGGGCAGCCCCGGCUUGCAGGAUGGAGCCCCUCUGUGGUGCCACAUGCCAGGCCCCGGGGCUGUGGUUGGCACCUCAGGAGCUGGGCCAGAGCCAGGGAGUCCCUGAGCCGUGUGCAGCAGAACUCACCUGGACCCAUUUCCUUGGUUCUGUUGGUUUUCCUUUUGGCAGAGAUAAUCGUGUUUUCAGAGUUGUUUUUAAAUGAUAAUAAACCAAGCCAGAACAUCAUUCGCCCCCGUGUUGCCAUGUUCCGGCACUAACCCUGUGGGGCUGUGCCGGCACUCCCAGCCCUGGGUUCCCAGAGAACCCCUUUUCCUUUCUGGCCAGCCCCUGGCUUUUUGUCUGCCUCCACGCCCUUCCCAAGAGGUGUGAGCCAGACACUGACCUGUCCACGCAGAAAUGGCUACUGGCUCCAUCUCCUCCGGCUUGCCGCUCUGCUGUGUGAAGCCCCAUGAGGCUUCCAGAAGUGAACUUUUUGUCAUUCUAAAGUGUGCUGAGGCUGUGUGCUUGGCAGCUGUUGAAGACUGCCUGAUGUGGGACGGGGGGAAUGUCCCAACUUGGCCUGGGAGCAGAGGUGUGCGCCCUGGAGGAAGCGGCACCCCAGGGAUGGAGUGCCUGCCCCAGGGAUAGGGUGUUCCCCCUUCCCCAGUCAGGCCACUUGCUGGACUUUUGUUUCCCUGGUGCUGUGGUGGGGGGUGGGGAGAAGGGCCCUUGGGCUGCUGGCACACAGUGCCUGGGCAGGAUGGCCCUCUGCCUUCUCCGCGCCCUCAUGGCUGCUACUCCUGCCUGUGACAUUAACCCCCUGGGGGCCUCUUUUCCUUCCUCUCUCCUUCCCUACUUUCCUCUGUCCCAAUUAAAAUCAGGAUGGAAAGCAUUUGCUGGCUGGCCCUAAUUAUUGUACUGUUGCCCUGAGGGAGGGGCCUCCGCCUUGGCCCCUCCAGAACUGGGACAGUCCCAGCUUCCACCUUUCCCCUACUUCACUCACUGGGCCCCCACCCAUCCCUUGGGGCAGCUGCUGUUGGCAACUGGAGGGGCCAUGGAUCUGAUCAUCGUGCCAGGACUUGCAGAGCUGAAUGGGCCAGGGGCCAAAUUCUUCACUUUUGGGGAGAAAGCAGUGGUACCCCUUCAUAUCGGGUGAAUGAAAAAUGCUGAGGGGAGGAAUGAUUUCAACCCAAAUGCCCUGGCUCAGGCACCAGGUCUGUGAAGGCCAGAUCCGUCCUCAACUGCCCAAGGCCAGAGAGCUUAAAACAGGACAGGACCUUGGGAUUGAGGGAAGGUAUGAGCACCGCCCAGGCCCUGGUAGGGUGCAGGGCCCUGAGGAGUCCAGGGCGGAGCAUAGGCUGCAAGGAGGGCCGGGAGCUGGGGGCCGCCCCACACGCUCACACACCCCCUCCCCGGGCUUCUGCUCUCUCCGCCCGCCUGUGGGGAGUGGUGGGGGCCUGGGUGGGAAGGGGCGUGUGCCAAUGAGCGCGCUCCCUUAAAGGAGAGGUCUUGGAGCAAGCACAGCCGCCCCAGUCCUUCGGAAGGGACCGUCAGGGGUGUUUGCAAGAGGCUGGUGCGGACCAUGGCUGCCCUCCUCCUGCUGCCCCUGCUGCUGCUGCUGCCCCUGCUGCUGCUGCUGAAGCUGCACCCUUGGUCACAGUUGCGCUGGCUCGCGGCAGACUUGGCCUUUACGGUGCGCGCUCUCCGCUGCAAAAGGGCUCUUCGCGCCCGCGCCCUGGCCGCAGCGGCCGCCGACCAGAAGAGUCCCGAGGGGGGCUGCAGCCUGGCCUGGCGCCUCGCGCAGCUGGCCCAAGAGCGCGGCGAGCACACCUUUCUCAUUCACGGCGCUCGGCGCUUUAGCUACGUGCAGGCGGAACGUGAGAGUAACCGGGCCGCGCGUGCCUUCCUGCGCGCGCGAGGCUGGGAUGGAGAAUCUGGAGGCCCCGGAGCACAGAGCGGCGGGGAAGGCGCUCGGCCGGCGCAGGGAGACCCGGCGGCCGGAAGCAGCGUGGCGCCUACCGAGUGCAGUGUGGCCCGUCUGGCACCGGGAGCGACCGUGGCGCUGCUCCUCCCCGCCAGCCCGGAGUUCCUGUGGCUAUGGUUUGGGCUGGCCAAGGCUGGCCUGCGCACGGCCUUUGUGCCCACCGCCCUGCGCCGAGGCCCCCUACUGCACUGCCUCCAUAGCUGCACCGCGCGAGCGCUCCUGCUGGCGCCAGAGUUUCUGGAAUCCUUGGAGCCCGACCUGCCAAAACUGAGGGCCAUGGGCCUCCACCUGUGGGCAGCAGGUCCUACCAGCCAGCCUGCCGGGGUCCCUGAUUUUCUGGCAGAGAUGGCAUCAGAAGCGGAUGGACCGGUGCCCGGGUACCUGUCUGCCCCCGAGAGUAUGACAGACACAAGCCUGUACAUCUUUACCUCUGGCACCACGGGCCUUCCCAAAGCUGCCCGGAUCAGUCACCUGAAGAUCCUGCAGUGCCAGGCCUUCUACCAGCUGUGCGGCGCCCACCAGGAGGAUGUCAUCUACUUGGCCCUCCCACUCUACCACAUGUCAGGCUCACUGCUGGGCAUUGUGGGCUGCCUGGGCAUCGGGGCCACCGUAGUGCUGAAGUCCAAGUUCUCAGCUGGUCAGUUCUGGGAGGACUGCCAGAGGCACAAGGUGACCGUGUUCCAGUACAUCGGGGAGUUGUGCCGGUACCUCGUCAACCAGCCGCCGACCCCGGCAGAGCAUGACCACCAGGUCCGGCUGGCAGUGGGCAGCGGGCUGCGCCCAGACACCUGGGAGCGCUUCGUGCGUCGCUUUGGGCCCCUGCAGGUGCUGGAGACCUAUGGACUGACUGAGGGCAAUGUGGCCACGUUCAACUACACGGGCCAGCAAGGUGCUAUCGGCCGUGCCUCCUGGCUAUACAAGUACAUCUUCCCCUUCUCUUUGAUUCGCUGUGAUGUGGCCACAGGAGAGCCGACCCGGGAUGCCCAGGGCCACUGUGUGGCCACAUCUCCAGGUGAGCCAGGGCUGCUGGUGGCCCCGGUGAGCCCGCAGUCCCCGUUCCUGGGCUAUGCCGGGGGCCCCGAGUUGGCGCAGGGGAAGCUGCUGCGUGACGUCUUUCGGCCUGGAGAUGUUUUCUUUAAUACGGGGGACCUGCUGGUGUGCGACAACCAAGGCUUCCUCCGUUUCCAUGAUCGCACGGGCGAUACCUUCAGGUGGAAGGGGGAGAAUGUGGCUACGACUGAGGUGGCACAAGUCCUCGAGGCCCUGGACUCACUCCAGGAGGUCAACGUCUACGGAGUCACUGUGCCAGGGCAUGAAGGCCGCGCCGGGAUGGCUGCCCUGGUUCUGCGUCCCCCCCAUGCCCUGGACUUGGUGCAGCUCUACACCCACGUGUCUGAGCACCUGCCCCCUUAUGCCCGGCCUCGAUUCCUACGGCUGCAGGAGUCCCUGGCCACCACGGAGACCUUCAAGCAGCAGAAGGUCCGCAUGACCAGGGAGGGCUUCAACCCGAGCACCUUGGCCGACCCACUCUACAUCCUGGACCAGGCGGCAGGUGCCUACCUGCCCCUCACUCCGGCCCGGUACGAGGCGCUGUUGGUUGGAGAGCUCCGGAUCUGAGCCCUUGGGCUCCCAACACCUACACCCCACCCCCCCAACCCCAGGCAGCAGGAGGGGAGUCACUGUGGUGAGGGGAGCCCUGGCCGGCACCCCAGGGCUGCCAGGGAUCUUUUAUAUUCCAGAUUUAUAAUCAUUAUUUUGUAAUAAACUGGGCCAGAGCCUGUGUGGCUUUGUUCCCGCA